GGCAAGAUUCCCCCACACGGCCGCCGUUCCCCUCUCCUCCAUCCUCCACUGGCGUCUCGUCUGCUCGUCGAGAAGCUCAAACCCUAGUCUCGCCAAACCCUAAUCUCGCUGAGCCCCAGCAGAUGGCGGAGCCCUUCCCCACCAGCGACCCGAGAGAUCUCAGAAUCAUAGCCCAUGUGCUCUAUGGUCUUCCCCGACUGCCAGGCGGUGGAGGAGGCGCGGUGCGCGAUCGAGAGGCUCGUCGCCCUGGCGGUGCUGUGGAGGGCAGGGGCGACGCGCCGCUGGGGAGCGACCACGGGGUCACAGGAGAUGCCGUCACAUCCAGUAUCCCUUCCGUACCAGAGGCGGCCCGUGGCCCCGAUCUGGAGGGCCUCGCCGGCCGAGGAGCAGGUAAAGGGCUUCCAUCAGAGGCACGUCGUCGCGGUCGCGUGGAGGGCAGGGGCGCCGCGCCGCUGGGGAGCGACCACGGGGUCACAGGAGAGGCCGUCACAUCCAGCGCCCCUUCCGUACCAGAGGCGGCCCGUGGCCCCGAUCUGGAGGGUCUCGCCGGCCGAGGAGCAGCUAAAGGGCUUCCAUCAGAGGCACGUCGCCGCGGUCGCGUGGAGGGCAGGGGCGCCGCGCCGCUGGUGAGCGACCACGGGGUCACAGGAGAGGCGGUCACAUCCAGUGCCCCUCUCGUAUCUGAGGCGGCCCGUGGCGACGAUCUGGAGGGCAUCGCCGGCCAAGGAGCAGGCGUAGGAGAAGACUUCUCCUGCAGCAGUAUGAGAGGACCGGGUCCCCAAGAGGAGGCUGCUGCCCCAACAGCUAGAGUCAGUUUGGAUCCUGGAUCCUGCAGCCAGGAAGAGCUGGGGGGUGGAGAGGAUCUUGUGUCUCAGAAUCUGGUCCACGAUCUCACUCUUGUCAGCACCAAUAAUGUUACCGCGGCUCUCAGUAAGACCAACUCUCCAGUUUCUCACUUCAGAAUUGACUCCAUUCUGUUUGUCACUGAGCAGUUAGACGAUUGGUUUAAGUUGCUGGUGACCAAGAAGGUCAAAGAAGUUGUAGUGGUAAAUCGCAGAUGGCCCAAGACAGUGGUUGAUUUCCCAAUCAACGGCUUAGACAACACUGGAGUCCAGCAGUUGAGCAUAUGUUUCUGCAAGAUUCCGGAUGCAUUAGUGUAUGACAUGGACACCCUGCUGGUGCUCGACUUAUCCCAUUGCUAUAUCAGCAAAGAAACUCUUCAUGAUAUGGUUUACAGAUGUAAAAAAUUGAGAGAGAUACAUCUGGGUUAUCACAAGGAAUCUAUUCUUGUUUCUUCAGGAACUCUGCAAUUGAUACAGCUGUGGUUCUCCCAGAUGGAUUUAAUAGAGGUCCGGGCACCUCUACUCCAAAAAAUCACAGUGUCAGCUGUGCCAAAGGGCAAGGAUAAGCUCAGAGUACGCCUUCAGGGCUGUUCACAACUACAUACUCUAGUUGGCAAUAUAUCUGCUCAGGCGAUUCUGAUAGAAGGUCAUGAUAUAAGAAUGGGGACCAAGUUGAUGACCACAUUGAAGAAUCUCCAUAUUGGUGUAUCCCUGUCCAAAGAAAAAGAGCGAAAGCACCUCUUAAAUAUCUUCAAAUACUUCCCCUAUCUUGAGAAGUUAACACUAUGGCGCAUGGACGAUGUAUCAAGCGAUGAAGCCGUGGAGGCUGCAAUUGACGACUGGGCAGAUGAACUCAGGGCACUUGAGAUCAUGCGCCAUCUCCGUUUGUUGCAGUUUCAAGGAUUUAAAGGCGGAGUCUUUGAAGUUUGUAUCGCUGAAGCAUUUCUCAAGCUUUCCACAUCGCUUAGGGACCUUGUAAUUGAAUCUGACAUGGAGGAUACGUUCGAGAGGGCGAAAAGUGCUUUUAAGCCGCCAAGUCAAGUAAAUAUCUCGUACCAGAAGUCAAGCGUUGCUGCAUUGGAAUAAAGGCUCAGACAAACCGGGCAUGAGCCAAGGAAUCACAGUUACUAAGUCACAAUUGAUCUGAAAAAUGCAAUGCAAAGUCUACAAUGUGGCCGCCAAUAGAUAGAAAGCAUCCAGGUGCUGAGUGUACAGCACAGGUUUGUUGUAACACUAAAUUUCACAAGGAAUGAGUUCUUGUAAAUGUUACUCGGUUGUUGCAGCCACUUGCUGCAUCUGAAUGGGUUGGAGCUUUUGCUGAAAACUUGGUAGUGUUGUUUACUUGCAUUUUGAGCUUCUGAGAUCAAACGAUGGUAUCCGCUGAUUGAGUUCACAUUCGGAAGUAGUAAUGUAUGUUUUUGUGUUUGCAAUACUGUAUUGUAUCACAGGGAUAUUCUGUAUUGAUAUUUGUAUAACUGAGGUUAUUACACUUUUUCUCA